AUGGUGCGCAAACUUCUGCUGCCCAUCGCUUUAGCAGCAAGCCUCAUCUCACCUCAGCUGUCUGGUGCCACAGCUACCAAAACAAAAGCUCAAGUGAAGAACAACUCAGGUGUGACCCCAGCUGGCAAGUGUGGGACCUGGGUGAAGGAGCCUGAUGGAGGAUAUUUCACCUCACCCAACUAUCCUGAGAAAUACCCACCUGAGAGGGAAUGUGUCUACAUUAUAGAGGCCUCUCCCCGACAGUGCAUUGACUUAUUUUUUGAUGAGAAGUAUUCCAUCGAGCCGUCCUGGGAGUGUAAAUUCGACCACAUCGAGGUCCGUGAUGGGCCUUUUGGUUUUUCACCCAUCAUUGGUCGCUACUGUGGGCAGGAAAGUCCUGCAUAUGUCCGCUCCAGUGGGAGGUAUCUGUACAUCAAGUUUGUGGCUGACGGUGAACUGGAGGCCAUCGGUUUCUCUGCCCGGUAUAACUUCACACAAGACCCUGAGUUCAAAGACCUUGGGGCACUGCCAGCUCUGCCAGUUUGUGAGUUUGAGCUGAGCGGUCCAGAAGGCUUCGUAGAGUCGACACAGAUAUCCAGGGAGGGCCAGGCAAAGCAGACUGAGGCUGUGGACUGUAGGUGGUACAUCAAGGCUCCACCAAGAGCUAAGAUCUACAUGCGUUUUCUGGAGUAUGAGAUGCACAACUCAAAUGAGUGCAAGCGUAACUUUGUUGCCAUCUAUGAUGGCAGCAGUUCAGUUGAGCACCUGAAGAAUAAGUUCUGCUCCACGGUGGCCAACGAUGUCAUGCUGGUGUCCUCUGUGGGCGUGGUGAGGCUGUGGGCAGACGAGGGGAGCAGGAAGAGCAAGUUCAGGAUCCUCUUCACGACCUUCCAUGAACCUCCAUGUGAAGGAGAUACUUUCUUUUGCCAUAGCAACAUGUGCAUCAACCACACUCUGGUCUGCAAUGGCAUCCAAAACUGUGUUUAUCCCUGGGAUGAAAAUCACUGCAAAGAGAAGAGGAAAGCCAGCAUCCUGGACACGCUGGAUAACACCAACCUCACCAUCAUUGGAAUAACCUGUGGCCUGGUUGUUAUCUUGCUCAUCAUCUCUGUCAUCAUCCAGAUCAAACAGCCUCGCAAGAAAUACAUCAUCCGCAGAGAUGACUUUGACCCUGCCCUCCUCCACCCUGGUUUUGAACCUCCUCACUAUGAGCUCUGUACUCUGCGCCGUGCCCCAUCUGGUGACCUGACUGAUGCCGCCCUUGCCGAAGACUUUGAAAAGUUCCACAAGCUCCGCCGCUCCUCAAGCAAAUGCAUUCGUGACCACCACUGUGGCUCUCAGCAGGGGAGCGUGCAUGGCAGUGUCCAUGGCAGCCGCAGCAACCUAAGCAUGAGGGAUGCCACCAUUGCCGCCGACGGGGGGGCUCUUGUGCCCCCGCUGCCACCAGUGAUGGUGAGCCAACAGUCACCGCGCCUCUCCCACCACACUACCCCGACAGGUCGACGGAGCAUCCUGGUGAUGAAGCAUAGCUACUCUCAGGACGGGGCAGAGAGGUACAGGGCAGAGGAGGAGGAUGAUUUAAUGAUGGAUGAUGGGCCCACCACCAGCCACCACCACAUGCACCAUCAUCAGAUCCACCAUGGCACAUCAGGGCUGGAUCACACUGUCCACCGUACACUGUCUAAUGACUUCUAAUGUAAGGCGACAUGGAAAUAAAGAAAUGGUCAGAUAAUCAAGACCCAAUGGAACUGCACUCAAAUUGAUGAAGUGGAUGUAUAUGAGGGAUAAUGGUGAAUUGAUGAAAUAGUAGCAGAGAUAAUCACCUUAAUUCAUUAUCUGUAGAGGUUAAAAACCUUGACUUAUAGAACCCUUUUAAAUUAGAUUUCACUUUAAUUUAAUCAAACUGGGUGUUGAUCUUUACAGCUUUCACUAGUGUUUCUUGGGUUCAUAUAUUUCAGAUUAAAUGGAAUUAUUACUGGGUGGCACUGCAGUGCAGUGGUUAGCACUGUCCCCUCACAGCAAGAAGGUUCUGGGUUUGAAUCCACCUUUGGUUGGGAUCAUUUCUGUGUGGAGUUUGAAUGUUCUUACUGUGUUCUCCUCUGGGUACUCCCACAAUCCAUAGACAUGUGGAAGUUAGGUAAAUUGGGGAUUCUGAAUUACCUGUCGGUGUGAAUGUGAGUGUGAGCCCUCAUUACACUGUGUGAACUAAGGUUAAAGUGGACUGGAGCUUGUUAAACACACCCCAGUAAUCUUAAUCAAAAUACCCCCCAGCCAAAGAAUUUAGGUGCAACCAUUACACAUAUUAAAUACUACACUGCUAUGAUCUUGUGACUCUGCGUGGGAGUGGCACUGAAGUAAACUGUCAUAUUUGACAGGAAUGGAUCAAAGUCAGAUUUAUAUGCACACACUUAGAUAUUUCCCAGCCAUUCCAAUGCAUCAUAGUUUUUUUUCCCCCCAUUUUCUAUUCCUUGUUUUGCCUGAAGUUUCAACUCUGGGGUAGAGUAUCUUUAUAACUGCAUCAUAUUUAAAAUAAUUUUGUAAAUGAAUGAUGAGCUACAGUGUUUCCUAUAUGUUUUGGAUAUGGUUAUUAUAUGAUAUUAUCUACUUUUUACAUGUAUAAUUCACUAAAAUACCUUUCCAUACGUUUUUUGAAUUGAGCACUGGUCCAGAGUCAAAUGGGAAAAUACUGAGCCAGAAGCACAGCGUAAUGGAGACAUUUUAGUCAACACACAAAGAAAAUGUGUCAUGCAAAAUACUGUUCACCCACUGGACAUGGAAACAGUCAGCCUGAAUCUUAUGGAAUUGUGGAGGAAAUUAGACUUACUUAUAUUUUCUGUUGCGUUGUUAAUGGUUGUAUUGUUUAACAAUUUGUUUUUGCUUGUUUGGAGGUGUUUGCUGAUGUUUAUUUAUGUGUUACACUUUCUCGAUGUUUGGCCUGUCCUGCUUUUACUGGCUGCUCUAUUUCUGUUCAUUAUAUGGCUGUCUCUAUUUAUUUAUUUCAUUAAAUAUUUUUCCUUUUC